ACGUUUGUGAGCUGUGUGUAGGCUAGGGGAUAGACUAUUGAAUUCCUACGUAACGUCCCUUAAGAGUUCCCAAACAUUGUAAUCGGCAGGUGCCUGUUUAGUUACUAGCCUAGAAUCUAAUGUUAGAUGAAAGGAAAGUGGGUCAGGCAGGCCUACUUCACUUGCAGCUGCUGUCUGAAUGUCCACCGAUUUAUGUCAGCUCUAGAAAAUCGUAUGCGUAGCUCUACAAUUUCUGAGGAAAGCUAGUCUAUUCGUUUGAGGUAGCUUACGUUAACAGCAAGCCUUCAGCAACGCUUUAUUCAGGCAGUUGAGCGAUUUCUUUGACUUAAGAAAUGUAGCCUAUUCUCUGCAACGGGCAAUGUCGUUGAAGAGGGUCUAGUAACACGAUGGUCGAUGAAGACUUCUAUGCAAUGAGUAGACAACCGCCACACACAUAAGAGGUGCUGACUGUUCAGGAGAGAUAACGUUAGAAGGCUGUGGGGACCACACUGUAUGACAGAAUGAGGAAAUGUAGUCCCUGGGCGUUUCUUCCUAUUAUGUUUUCCCUGUUCACAGCAGCUGGCCUGUGGGUUGUGUAUUUCAUAGCAGUGGAGGAUGACAAAAUAAUUCCUCUAAGUUCAGAGUACAAAAGAUCGGGCCAGAAGUCUCCCCCCUACAUAAGCAUUGCAGGCAAUGCACCGCCAGCCAGCUGCGUAUUUAGCCAAGUCAUGAACAUGGCAGCAUUUGUGGGAUUCAUUCUUGGUGUGCUGCGAUACCUUCAGCUAAAGCCACGUAUGCACAAGCCUUGGAUGAAUAUUGGCGGUCUUGUGGCCUUAUCUCUGGCCUGCUUUGGAAUGACCUUAGUGGGGAAUUUCCAGCUUACCAAUGAUGAAGAGCUGCACAACGUAGGCACAUCAAUGACCUUUGGCCUGGGAACUCUGUUCUGUUGGGUGCAGUCCCUCAUAACAGUGAAGGUGAACUUGCGGAACGAGGGCAGACGGGCAGGUAUCCCUCGUUUCCUCUUGUCUGGAGCAGUCACUAUCUGCAUGCUGCUUUAUUUCAUCCUGAUGGCUCAGGGUCUUCACAUGCACGCUGCCCGGACGCAGUGGGCCCUUGUCAUGUUCUUUCUCACCUUCCUAGCCUCCUUCGCCAUCGAGUUCCGCAACUAUCACUUUGAGAUUCUGUGCACUGACAACCGGGACCCCCCACUCAGUCUGUCCGAGACUUUCUCUGAAGUGUCAGAGUACCAGUCGGAUCAGCUGUAGGGCCUGGCUUGGGCAGAGCUCAACCUAGUCGUAGGAUUUGCCAACGGGAGGAAUCAGAACAAACAAAAACAAUUGUGAUCUACUGAACUCUCUGGAUAAAACUAAUUAAACUGCUUCUAAUGCAGGUUGAAUACAACAAAACACUUAUGGCAGAAAUGACUGCUGUGUUGGGCUGUCUCAGAUAUCCAGACAGAUGCAUUGAUUAGCUAAGCACCUUAUUUGGGUAUUGCCACAAACUCACAAUUAUACAUCAGAAACACACCCAUUGGUUGGAUACAAUUCCUUGUUCUUAGUCCCAACGGACAGGCAUGCUGGCUAAUAGCCAAAGUAUUCUAUGACCAAAAUGCGGUAUCCAGCGCAAUGUAUCCGAUCAGUGUCUGUAAGCGCUACACUACAUGCAUGUUUGCCUGAGGAAUGUAUUCGACACUGAGCUUAGAAUGACUCAUUUUCACCCAACUCACAGAGCAGUUUUGAAAGUAGAAGAAAUUAAAGGUAAGUCACUACUUUCUCAGUCAACUCAUCUGUUUUUAUCUGUGUUUCAUCUGUGGUAUUUCUGUAAAAAAGAGACAAGAAGCAUGUAGGACUAGGAUGUUUUCCA